AUGUGCAGAGCCGAGUUGCGGUGGUUUUAUGUGACGGACGCGACAGGCAAGGUGGUGAAGGCCUUUCCCUGCCUCUUCGGGCAGCUGGGGGACUUCCCAGAGUCGUCGCGGUCUACUGCGACUAUGCAGCAAGGCUCACAUCGGCCGUGUUCUUCGUGCUACAUAAAAGAGACACAUCUGGCAGACCUGUUACAUAAGUCGGUGGUGCGGACGGUGGAGCUGCAGAGACGGGUGGUGGAGGCAAUUCAGUCAGCUGAUGACAGCAAGGCGGCGGAGAAAAUCAAAAAGCGAUGGUCCACACACCCUGUGCAGUGCUAUUUGGAGAGGUGGAACUUUGCCGAGACCACGUGGGGAAACGUGUUCCUCGCAUGCGCGGCGGACCUUCUCCACGUCCUGGACGGGGGUAUGCUGCCACGCAUGGGCAAGUGCUUCAUGGUUGGGAAGAGCAAGUCGGAGAGGCGUGAGUUCGAGAGGCGCCGCAAGGAACAAAAGAAGGACACGCGCGCAAGUGUGGUGCGCAUCCCGGGGGGGACCACAUGGUUCAGCACAGGGGCGAACUACGCCGCCUUCGAGCACAGGGGGAUGAUGCAGGUGAUGCCUCUGCUUAUCGCAGACAACAUGGAGAAGAGCAAGCCGCCGGCCAAGGCGAAACGGGAACGGGAGGUGGCGGCGUUUGUGGCGUACGCCAGCUUCUACAAGGCGCUGGUGGGCAUGACAAAGCAUACCGAGAAGUCGUUGGACGACGUCCGAGAAAUGGCUGUGCAGGUGGUGGAUGCCAUCAAGGCCGCGUUCCCGGACCAGACGUCGGACUGGAACAUCCCUAAGGUGCACCAGAUCGUGCACCUGAUUGACGGCAUACCACUGCGUGGUAUGCCGCACGAGACAUCCACCAACCUUUGGGAGCACACGCACAAGGGCACCGUGAAGGUGCCAGUCCGUGGCAGCAACUGGCAUGACAUCCCGCGCCGUAUUGUCGAGGAGGAGGUGCAGCGAGAGAUUGCACGGGAGGUGGCGGCGGAAGCGGGCGGAAACAGGCAGUAUGUAACGGCGCUGCGCGAGGUGAGGGGGAGGGGUGUGUACCAGGCUGACAAGGCCGUGCGAAGACUGAAGCCAGUCCUGACGAAGACGUCACGGAGGGCGCACGUGGACGAAGACCUGGAUGCGGUGAUGUGGGCGUAUCGCGAAGCUCAUGGGUCGGACAUGGACGCACUCGCCGGGUGCAUGGUGGCGGCAGGCAUCCCCACCACUACCAUUGAGGUGGGGUAUGACGCCGUGGCGAUCCCCCGAACGCGGGGGGGAGAGCUUGUGCCCAAGGGCACAUUUGUGAAGGCCAGCCCUUCUGAGCGGUGGUUUUCUGACAUCGCAGUGUUCCGGUCUGACGAAGAGGAGUGGUACGCAAGGUGCCUCUGCAUCUUCCGCGCGGAGGGGGCGGACGGAGCAAUGGGGCGGCACGUGUACGUGAAGUACUACGAGGCGGAGGGCACGUGCCCGAUGACGACAUGCUUGCAGCUGUCUCCCGGCCGUGUGAGAACAAGAUAUGCGGUGGUGGAAGUGGAGUGCAUCCAGAGGGUGGUGCACGUGUGCAAGUCCUAUGUGAACAAGCGGGUCAUGCUCCUGAACAAGUUCCUGCUGACGGAGUGA